AGCUGUGUUUCACAAAAACCAAGUAUUUUGCGCUCUUGUAAAAAAGCUGCACAUUUAUGUUUGGUACUAAACAUUUCGUUUUUUACUAGUAGAGUCUACGUAACAAUAAUUAUCAGUGAAACACUGCCUCUACACGUAUUUAUUUUGUGAAUUUUUACUAAACAUGCAAGAACAACAAUCACCGGCUUUUAGUAUCGUGGAUCCUCUCAGUACAAGCUUUGGCAACACAUUAGCGGGAAAAUUCGUAUGGGGCAAUAAAUUAGCUGUUUAUGCCUUCCGUCCGAUAACAGCAACUACAAGAGAUGAGCCCACGGAAGAUGCCGGCAAAAAACCGGUUAACAUUCAUUUCUUGCAACCCGAAUUUAUAUUCGAUGAUCCUAUACUAAGAAGCCUAAUAGCUGAGGCUAGUUCGACCUUUGUAGCUUUACAGAAACUCAACUGCAAAGGAUACAAAGCGGACUAUAUAAAAAUUUCCCGAACGUAUCGCAGUAUCAUAAGAGCUUGCCUUGAAAAGCUGCAGGAAGCUGCCAGUUCAACAGAACCAGAGGCCAUGGAAAAAUGCGAAUUAUAUCAACAAUUUAUAGCAAUAUUUUACUCCAUAGAAUGUGUUUGGCAUUUAAGCGAGAUUUUAUUUCUGCAUCCCAGUAAUUCACAUGUGGUAGUGCCGCAACUUUUAGAAUGGGUGCGCUUUCAUUUUCCAUCGUACGAACGUAUGGCCACUGAUUUAUUGCUAUUGGGGCCAGAUGGCAGCAAAAGCGAUGAAUAUUGGCCAUGUUUGAAGGGCUUAAUCAUGCAGGGCCAAGUGGAUGUAGCUAGAGCAUUAUUGCAAUUGCAUCCCCAGGCAGGGAGUGCAGCAUACGAAAUAGCAGAACAGAUUUUGAAAACUAUGCCUACCUAUAACAUUCUAGGCGGUUUUUCAGUACAAAAAUUUCGCUCUCAAUGGCAGUAUUGGUUAACAGACACAGAACGUAAGCUAGCUGCUAACACUUUAUCUGUAGAGCCUUAUUUGGAGGAACUAAUUCAGCUGGUGACAGGAGACACUGAAAUUUGGAACACUCAAAUUCAUAAUUCGCAGUACUGGUACGAACAUCUGCCUGGUCACUUGUUUUAUACAAAUCCGGCAUGCACACAUUUUGAAUUGGGCGCAAUAGCAAAUGCUUGGUUAGAACGUUGGGCCUCUUUGAAAAGUUAUGAUAACAUAGAGCAUCUCUUAAAGCACUUAGAUAAAGUGAUAUUGAAUUUAAUGGAGAAUAAUAUGCAUCAAGUGAUACAUUCCAUUCAGCUUAUGGCUGAUAACCAAUGGUUCGUGACGCAUCUCACGGACUUGCUGUACAAUUGCGGACAACUACAGUUAAUGGGGCAACAUCAACUAAAUGAUUGCAUCAAGUUAAGGGAUUCUUUGCUCUACGAGUUUGGCAGUAAUCUGAUGACGAGGAAUUCCUUAUGGCAAUUGGGCAUGGAUUACUUGGAGUAUUGUUCAGAACAGGGUAAGAUACCACCUACCGCAAAAAUGACAGCAAUUCUUUACUAAAUUCCUGCAUCAACA